CAAACCUUUGCCGGCGAUCAAUCCACCGGAGGCAAUGGCAUCAAUUUCCUCCACUAUAACCUACUGGCUCGUUAACCACCCCUACAUCGCCAAUUUCACUUGGAUCGAAGGUGAAACCUUAGGCUCCACCGUCUUCUUCGUCUCCGUCGCUGUCUCCGUUUACCUCUCCGCCACAUUCUUCCUCCGAUCCGUCAUCGAUUCACUCCCCUCACUCAGUCCCCGUAUCCUCAAACCAAUCACAGCCGUUCACAGCCUAAUCCUCUGUCUCCUAUCCUUAAUCAUGGCCGUUGGUUGCACUCUCUCCAUAACCUCGUCUCACGCGUCUUCAGAUCCGACGGCGCGUUUCCUUCACGCGAUUUGUUUCCCCGUCGACGUUAAACCUAACGGACCGCUUUUCUUCUGGGCUCAAGUCUUCUACCUCUCCAAGAUCCUCGAGUUCGGAGACACCAUCCUCAUCACCCUCGGCAAAUCAAUCCAACGGCUCUCGUUCCUCCACGUCUACCACCACGCGACGGUUGUGGUCAUGUGUUAUCUCUGGCUCCGAACUCGCCAAUCGAUGUUUCCGGUUGCGCUCGUGACGAAUUCGACGGUACACGUCAUCAUGUACGGUUACUACUUCCUCUGCGCCGUUGGAUCGAGGCCCAAGUGGAAGAGAUUGGUGACGGAUUGCCAGAUUGUGCAGUUUGUUUUCAGUUUCGGAUUAUCCGGUUGGAUGCUCCGAGAGCAUUUAUUCGGGUCGGGUUGCUCCGGGAUUUGGGGAUGGUGUUUCAACGCUGCGUUUAAUGCUUCUCUGUUGGCUCUCUUUUCCAACUUCCAUUCAAAGAAUUAUGUCAAGAAGACAAGAGAGGUGGUUGGCAUAAAAAGCGAUUAGAUUAGUUUCUUGGACAAUAGUUAAAACCUCUCAUUGUGUCUUGAAUUGUUUUCAUUAGUUUCCCCACAAAAGGAUUAAUUGUCUUGAAUUGUUAAUUAUUUUGAAAUUUGGUCUCUGUGUUGUUAAUUGAAAAUGUUGAGAUACUUUGAUAGUGUUUUACAAAUAAGAUGACAGAAAAUGU